CACGAAUUCGAGGUGUGCAAGCUUGUACCGGGACCGGGAGGCGGGGAGAAUAACAACACCGUUAAUUAUUACUGGGCAAAAGUGACCAACUUGGAUGGCUAUGCUGUGUUUGUGGGAUCCCACCAGUCGUUUUGUCUUCCCGCUGACCCACUACUCAAUAACAGAGUUAAAGGCAACUGCAUCUACUUCGCCUUUGGAGGAGACUCUAUUUUCUCUGAUGAUUUUGGCGUCUUCAAUCUCGUGGAUCAGACGGUCCAAAGGAAUAUCCAUGAGCAUAAAGAAGGGCAAGAAAGGAUGUUUCCUUUUCAGCAAAGGCAGACAGGGCCGGGCGUUUGCAUGGCAAAGUCAAAGACCGGUUACAGAAAAUACAAUCAGCAACGUGAAGGUAAUAACAAAGUCAGUACUGGACAACUAGCCAACAAAUUCCAAGCGUUAUUCAUCGACGGCGAGGAUGACGAGAAUCAAGAUGACAGAUGAUUAUGGCGAUGACGUGGAUCAGGCUUUUACUUUUGUCUUUCUUUUUCAGUUUCGUUGUGAGAAAUAAAGAUUUCCCUUUCCAAUUCGAAUUUGGUCGAGUGUAAAUUCUUGAAAAAUAUGGUUUGACCAAAUCAAAGCGAGUU